AUGAGUGGAAAAAUCUAUCUAUCUAUCUAUCUAUCUAUCUAUCUAUCUAUCUAUCUAUCUAUCUAUCUAUCUAUCUUCAUCCCAGUCUCUUCAUCUAUCUAUCUAUCUAUCUAUCUAUCUAUCUAUCUAUCUAUCUACAAUUCCAUGUAUAUAUUUUCCCAACCCAGUGUGUUCACUAUCUAUCUAUAUAUCUCUCAAUCUCCAUAUACAAGUUUUUUCAUUUGUAUUUAUUUUUAUACCCAUACCAGUCGUUUCUUUUUCUAUCUAUCUAUCUAUCUAUCUAUCUAUCUAUCUAUCUAUCUAUCUAUCUAUCUAUCUAUCUAUCUCUUUAAAGCCUCUCAUAUUUUCUGUUACGGUCACUUUAUAUCUAUCUUUCUGAGUUUAUUCAUUUCGUUCUUUUUUGCUUCACUCUACAUUUCUCCAGUCCUUUCUUAUUUUAGUCCUUUCUUCUUAUCCCCGUUUAUACAACCAAAAAUUUGUUCUGUAAUUUUGCUAAAUAUUAUCUAUCUAUCUAUCUAUCUAUCUAUCUAUCUAUCUAUCUAUCCCAGUUUCUUCAUCUAUCUAUCUAUCUAUCUAUCUAUCUAUCUAUCUAUCUAUCUAUCUAUCUAUAUCUAUAUAUAUAUAUAUAUAUAUAUAUAUAUAUAUAUAAUAUAUAUAUAUCCCAUGUUCUUAAACUAUCUAUCUUUCUAUCUAUCAUCUUUCUUCAUCUAUCUAUCAUAUAUCUAUCUAUCUAUCUAUCUAUCAUUAAAAUUUAUCUAUCUCUACCCCAGUUUCUUAAUCUAUCUAUCUUCUUAUCUAUCUAUCUAUCCCAGUUUUUCAUCUAUCUAUUCAUCUAUUCUAUCUAUCUAUCUAUCUAUCUAUCUAUCUAUCUAUCCCAGUUUCUUAAUCUAUCUAUCUAUCUAUCCCAGUUUUUUCAUCUAUCUAUUCAUCUAUCUAUCUAUCUAUCUAUCUAUUUAUUCAUCUAUCUAUCUAUCUCAGUUUCUUCAUCUUCUAUCUAUCUAUCUAUCUAUCUAUCUAUCUAUUAUUCUAUCUAUCUAUCCACCCCAGUUUCUUAAUCUAUCUAUCUAUCUAUCCCAGUUUCUUCAUCUAUCUAUCUAUCUAUCUAUCUAUCUAUCUAUCUAUCUAUCUAUCUAUCUAUCUAUGGUAUCUCAGUUUCUUCCACUAUCUAUCCCAGAUUAUUAUUAUUGA